AUGUCGAGCCGCUCUGACGAUUCUCUGGAUUCACUCUUUCAUUACGAGCCGAGCCGCGUAGAUGCCGAGGUGAGAGGUACAACAGAAUCAUUCGAGGCAUCUGUUUCACCGAGCCCUUCCAAUCGUUCAUCUGACGAGGCGUCAAAUCAUGCAAAUCCGUCAGAUGUCGGCUCUCCAGAUGAUGAGCCGUCGGUUUCGACGAGCCGUCCCCAGGAUCCUGUUCCUGAUGAAAAUAUUAAUCGCGCCGCACUCAAAGCCGAGGAGAAGGCAUUUCCCUUUGACCUAUUCGAGGCGAAGCGUGAGUUGGAACAUCUCAUGGCGCCCCGAGGCGCUUCCACAUCUGGGCGAGGGCCACGAGUUAAGAGACAAAAGCCUGACCCGCCUGGCUCUACGCUUUGCUCCCUUGAGUCGCUCGAGGCGUUGAGGCAUCGCUUCGGGAUAUCCGAGGCGGUGGAGUUUGUCGUUCCAGAGAAGAGCGGCCGAGCCGACAAGCCUCCAGAGAACCACUUCACUCUGUACGAGGCGUUCUUCAAGCUUUGCUUUCUCUGGUUCCCGAUCGCCGGAGUGAUCCUCGAAUAUCUCUGGAAACAUGGAAUCUCGAUUGGGCAAAUCAUGCCGAGGGGAUUACGGCAUAUGAUUGGCAUCUUAGUUCGAAGCUUUGAAUGCGGGCUUGAUAUCGAGCUGAAUCACCUGCUGAACUUGCUGGAAAUCAGGAAAGCUCCGAAAGGAAAUAGAUUCUAUAUUUACAACAAGGCGAAGCGACGGAUCAUAGGCGGUUUUCCCAGCAAGGAUCAGUUUCGGAUUGAACGCUUCUUCUACGUCUUGGUGAACGAGGCGUCGGUCGGCGAGGAUUACGUUCAAAGAACCAAGACCGCUUGGGGACCACUUGUUCGGAACAUUCUUCCCCCGAUUCCCGACGACCUCUUUGUUGUUCGAGAUUCUCUUUCGGCUCGGAAGGUCAAUUGGAGGAAGAACUUCUCCCUCGAGAGAGUAGAGAAAGCCCGAGCUAUCCUUGCCGGAGUCCCUGUCAGCUCUUCGUCUUCCAGCUCCUCAAGAGAUACACGAGAAAAAAUGGUGAUAAUCGCUCUGAGAGAUAGGAAGAGGCGUGAAGAAGAAGAGGCCGCGAGACGAGCUGCCGAGGCGGCUCAAGCGCAGACCGAGGCGGUUCAAGCGCAGACCGAGGCCAUCCCUCAACCCGACUCGCCGAGCCGGGAAGGAGACGAAAUAGUCCAAGCCGCAGAGGCCAACACUGCCGAGGCGGCCGAGAAAGAUGCAGCGCCCGAGGUGGAACCGGGCGAAAUUAUUCCCGAGGCAUCCGGGGAUGAUUCGGCGGUGCGGAGCAAAACCCCUUCGAACUCCGCCAUUUUGGCCCUCCCGAAGUCGACGAGGCCCCCAACUUCAGUUGUUCAGAAACAUGACCCCAGCCAAAAACGUUCGGCCGCUGACAAGGGGAAGGGUGUUGCUGUUCAGAAGGAUGAGCCGUCCAAGAAGAGGCGGAAGCCGACGCCCGGAGGCUCUGCUGCGCGCAAGUUGGUCGUCGACGACCCCGACGCCUCUGCCGUUAUGUUAUCGCGUGUAAAUAACGCGAACACUCGUCUUCCUCCUCCGGAGAAGCUGAGGAGGCCGAGGUCGUACGGCGCGAUGGCACAGCACGGUACCAAGUUUGUAGCGGCCAUUAACGACCUGAUGGCCGAGUACGAGGCGGACCUGUCUAAGGUUGAACGUCGCUUGGACGAGGCCCGAAAUGAGACCGCAGCGUCAAAGGUGAAGCUGGAAGAGGCUCAGAACGAAGCCGCGGUGGCAAAGGGGAAACUGGACGAGGCGAUGGCCAGGGCGUCCAGGCUGGAAGAGGAGAAGAUUGUUUUGCGCGCCAAUGUUGAUAAGGUCUCUGCCUCAGUCAUUCGCCUCGAGGAGGCGAGGAGAGCUAAAAGCGCCGAGGUGGCGAUGCUUAAGAGGCGUAUUGAAGCCAAGGACGCCUUGUUCGAUGCCAAGGUCAAGCCGGCGAAAAAGGAGACGAGGCGAGAGCAUACGGCUAAGUUUCAAGAACGCCUCGCCAAGGUGGAGGAGGGUUUGGCCAAGCUCGAGAAGGCCAAAAAUGACGAGAAUGAUCUGGGGCAGAUCAAGGGCAAUCUUGCGAUGAUUGCCGACCUGAAGAAGUUGAACGCCCCAACGCUCGAUGACGAGGAGGCGAAGCUGAAAAACUAG